GUUUCGUCUCCUCGCCUCUCCACUUCUCGUCGUGGCCGCUUACGCAAAGAACCAAUGGCGUUUGUGAAGGCCCAUAAGUCCAGGGCUUAUUUCAAGAGGUAUCAAGUUAAAUACAAGAGGAGACGAGAUGGCAAGACUGAUUACCGGGCAAGGAUCCGCCUAAUCAACCAAGACAAGAACAAGUACAACACUCCGAAGUAUCGGUUUGUUGUUAGAUUCACAAACAAAGACAUUGUUGCCCAAAUUGUGUCUGCAACCAUCGCUGGCGAUGUUGUUCUUACUGCUGCUUAUUCACAUGAGCUACCUCGUUAUGGGCUAGAAAUUGGUCUUACCAAUUAUGCAGCAGCUUACUGCACUGGCCUUCUCUUGGCUCGCCGUGUCCUUAAGAUGCUGGAAAUGGAUUCCGAGUAUGAAGGCAAUGUCGAGGCAACUGGAGAGGAUUUCUCCGUGGAGCCAACUGAUACCAGGAGACCCUUCCGUGCUCUUCUCGAUGUCGGACUUGUGAGGACCACAACUGGAAAUCGAGUCUUUGGUGCUCUCAAGGGUGCUUUGGACGGAGGACUUGACAUCCCCCACAGUGACAAGAGAUUUGCGGGUUUCAACAAAGAAAGCAAACAAUUAGACGCUGAAACCCACCGAAACUACAUCUUUGGUGGCCAUGUUGCAAAUUACAUGAAGCUCUUGAAUGAUGAUGAGCCGGAGAAAUACCAAACUCACUUCAGUGAGUACCUUAAGAAAGGAAUGGAUGCCGAUAACCUCGAGGCGCUGUACAAAAAGGUACACACAGCUAUUCGUGCAGACCCGACCUUGAAGAAAUCCGAGAAGCCUGCUCCCACAGAGCACAAGAGGUACAACUUGAAGAAGCUCACUUACGAGGAGAGGAAGGAGAGAUUGAUUGAGAGAUUGAAGGCGUUGAACUCUGGAGCAGGAGGGGCUGGUGACGACGAUGAUGAUGAUGACGAUGACGAGUAAAUCGGCAAAACCAUCAUCUCUUUGCUUUCAGUUUGUAGUUUUUCGUCUCAAGAAUCAUGCACAAGUUUUCCCAUUUCAGACAUGAACCGCCCUCUUUUUUUAUAGUAUUGUUGCUUCACAUUUUGUCUUAGGAAGGAUGAUUAUAUAUGAUUGAGACGUUAUGCUGUUACGGUUUCAGUUCGCCAUUGCCA